AACACAAAAAUGCACAUCAGUAGAAACUAGAAAGAGAGAGAGACAACCUCAACCCAAAAGAAAUAAACAAGAGCUCUGAUUUGUUCAUCAUUACAGUAACAAAAAGAAGAAAAAGAUGGCUUCAUCAUCUAUAUUGCUAACACUCAUCAUCACCUUCAUGAUCUCUCUCUCCUCAUCACUUUCCAUGAUCUCUUCCCCGACCACAAACACGAUCCCUUCUUCCCCAACAACCUCACCCUUUGAACAACAUAUCUCGCCGGAGAUCGCUCCUCUCUUCCCUUCUCCCGCCGUCUCCUCCACCACUCAAACCAUCCCUUCUUCUUCAUCACUUCCCCAACCAGAGAACGACGACGUUCUCACCGAUCCUGAUCCCGCCGCCUUCGCUCCCUCCGCUUCUCCACCAGUUUCUUCUCAAGCUCCCCAAGUUCUACUCUCCGUCGUCUUCGCCACCGCCUCGUGUUUCUCGCUCCGUCUUCUUGCCGUUUCAGCUUUAUAGGUCAUUUAUAUAUUAUAGAUUCUUAUCCACGUACGUAUUUGUUUUCAUGAGUUUUAUUAUUUGUCCCCAAAACAAAAACAAACAAAAAUUGUGUCUCGAAUAAACAUUUAAUUCUAGUU